UACUACUUCAAUCUUCACAUAAUCUUGCCAUAUAUAGAGAGAUAAAAGUUUCUUAUAUAUAUUCUGAUAUACUGAUUGUGAUCAUAUAUAUCGUAAUAAUGUCUUACUCCUUCAAAUUACUUGGGCGGUUUGAUAUAAUUUUUGUAGUAAUAGUUGCCUCACAAGUACUCAUCAUCAUGAGUAGUUCAACUAUCAAUGCACAACUCUCUCGAUCCUUCUAUGCAUCCACGUGUCCAUUACUUGUGCCCAUCGUACGUGGAGGCAUGAGGCAAGCUAUUCGGAAUAAUGAGCCUCGCAUGGCUGCCUCCAUUCUUCGCUUGUUCUUCCACGACUGCUUUGUAAAUGGUUGCGAUGGAUCGAUAUUAUUGGAUGACACGGCGACGUUUACUGGCGAACAAAAUGCGUUUCCGAACCGGAACUCGGUGAGGGGAAUGGAAGUGAUCGACGACAUCAAAGCGCGAGUGGAGAGAGUUUGCAGUAACACUGUCUCUUGUGCUGAUAUUUUAGCACUUGCCGCUAGAGAAGGAGUCGUUUUGUUGGGAGGACCUUCAUGGGUGGUACCAUUAGGAAGGAGAGACUCAACAACAGCCAGCCAAAGCGACGCCAACCGAGACCUCCCCGGUCCGAGGUCCGACCUCGCCACUCUCAUCAGCCAAUUCGGCAACAAAAAUCUAAGCGCCACCGACAUGACCGCCCUCUCCGGUGCCCACACCCUCGGCCUCUCACAGUGCGUCAACUUCCGCAGCCGCAUCUACAACGAAACCAACAUUGACUCAGCCUUCGCCGCCACACGCCAGGCCAACUGCCCUUUCUCCGGAGGCGAUACCAACCUUGCUCCUUUCGACGGCUCCCAGAACAGUUUCGAUAACAACUACUUCAGACAACUGGUGAAUAAACGUGGACUUCUCCACUCUGACCAGGAGCUCUUCAAUGGCAAAUCUCAGGACUCGUUAGUCUUUGCUUAUAGUAGGAGACCGUUCGCUUUUUUCAGGGACUUCGCCAGUGCCAUGGUGAAGAUGGGGAAUCUUAGUCCUUUGACUGGGACCAAUGGCCAGAUUAGGAAGAGCUGUGGUGUCGUGAACUCAUAGUUAACUAUACUCUUUUGUUUAAACAUAUUUUUAUCAAAUAAUUGUUCUGUCUUGUGUUAGGGUUUAUUAAUUGUGAAACCAAAAAAACAAAAAGACAUGUACACUCUUGUUGUCAACAAAGGAUUAGAAAACUAGCAAGUGUUUUGUUCGAUUUGAAAUGUAAUGCAUUAAACAAAUUGAUUUCUUGAAUGUAAUAAUUAUAAUAACAAAAGAUUUCGACAUUAUUAU